AUUAUGAACUUAUUACCAAAAACGCAUGAAGAAUUUAGUCAGGUUGAGUACUGGAACACGUUUUUUAAGAAACGUGGUAAAAAAAACUUUGAAUGGUAUGGAGAAUACCCAGAAUUAUGCAGUAUACUCAUAAAAUACAUAAGAAUAAAAGAUAAUGUUUUAAUUGUUGGUUGUGGUAAUUCAACAGUUAGUAUGUGUUUAUACGAUGCUGGUUACAGAAAUAUUACUAACAUUGAUAUAUCACAUAUUGUUAUUAAACAAAUGCAUGACAUUAACGCAUCAGUGAGACCUGAUUUAAUUUAUGAACAAAUGGAUGCUACACAAAUGACAUAUCCAAAUGAAACAUUUAGUGUUAUUUUGGAUAAAGGUACUUUAGAUGCUCUUAUGCCAGAUACUAAGGAAGGAACAAUGGUAACAGUUAAUAAAUAUUUUAAAGAAAUCACAAGAGUUCUACGUAAUGGUGGCAGAUACAUUUGUAUUUCUUUACUACAAGAGCACAUUUUGAGGGAACUUUUGUCUUAUUUUCCAAGCGUUGGAUUUAUGUUUCGUAUAAUACGGUGCCAUGAGGCAGAAGCAAAAGCACGAGUAGAAGAAGGUAGCUUGAUUCCAGUUUUUGUGGUGGUUGCUACAAAAUUUACAAAUUUAUCACAAGCAGUUUUAGAAGUAGCAUUAGUUGAUGGUCCUCUGAAGCGACUGUCAACAUCAAAUGAUAUGAUAUCUGCUGUACUUUCAACACAACAGUCAGCUUUAAUAUGUAAUAAUCUUCAAAAACGAAGUGUAGCUGAUAUAGGAGAAAUAUCGUUAGACUUGCAUCGUCCUGACGAUAAUCAUCCACGUUAUACAGUUUAUGUUUUGGAUAAGCCUAAAAUGCAGGGAAGAAAAACGUAUGCAGCAUUUAUAGUACCACAAGGAAAAGAAACAGAUUGGUUAUUUAGCACAAAAGAAGGAAGACAUCAAGUGCUUAAAAGUGCGCAACGAGAUAGACUUGCAAUUGUUACUCUACGCAGAGAACAUAAAUUUGAGAAUUGGGAUGCUGUAAAAAUUGAAUUGGAAGAUUGUAUUCUGAAUUUAGCUCCAGAAGGUUUAUCUGGCAAAAAUGAUAUUCCAUUUUUAUCUUUAGGAUCUGAUGUUGGGGUGAGAAUUACAUGUUAUGAGGGAAAAAGCGAGCUUAGCGGCGCUUUUGUUGUCGAAGAAGUGGAAAGGGAUGGUUAUGAAUUUAGAAGACUAGUAUUUUUAAGUAACCCUUAUGUUAUCCAAAGUGAAGCGCGACUUAAGCAGGCUAAAUCUAGACGUGGUAGAAUAAAGAAAGUUAUUGACUCUGGUUUCCUAGCUUGUGAUCAUCAUUUAUACAUGAGUAUUGGUGUCAUUGCUGCAAUAAAUCCUAAAGAAUGUGAUGAGAUAAUGAUCAUAGGACUAGGUGGAGGAAGUUUAUGUACAUUUUUGUACAAUUGUUUUCUUAAAUUGAAAAUUGUUGCUGUUGAAAUUGAUGAAGCUAUGUUAAAAGUUGCUACUGAUUAUUUCGGUCUUCCUGUUGACACUAGAAUGAAAGUUGAAAUUGCUGAUGGAAUUCAAUUCAUCAAAGAAAAUGCAAUGUCUGGAAAGAAAUUUAAGGCUGUACUUUUUGAUGUAGACAGCAAAGAUACUACAGUUGGGAUGAGUUGUCCGCCUAAACAGUUUUUAGAAAUGCCAAUUAUAAAAUCCGUUUCAGAAUGUUUAUCGAAUGAUGGUCUUUUUAUAUUGAAUUUAGUUAGUCGAGAUCAGAGCAUCAAGAAAAAAGUGAAGAAUGAUCUAAAAUCUAUAUUUAAAUGUAUAGCAUGCUACUCUGUGCAAGACGAAGUAAAUGAAAUUGUUAUAUGUUCCAUAAAUGAAAAUGAUACUUCUGAAUGGGCAAAUAAAUUAGAAGUAGCUGCCACAACUUUAAACGAACAAGUGUCUGCAAGAAAAUUAUUGAGUAAUACAGAUAUAUUUGACUUAUCAUCUUUUAUGCAGAAUCUAUCUGUACAUUCAUAAUUAAAAAGUCUAUCAUUAACGU